CCUGCUGGCGCCUUCUGGCGGGACAGCCGGUGCCAAAGAGCGGCCAGGGAAACAAACACCAAAGGGGGACUAUACAGAUGUCAUGGAUGCACAUGUAGGAUCAUAAUCUGUCCAGAAAGCGGAGAGAAGGAGGGCGACAGGCUACGGGAUCCUGGUCCAAGAGCCGCCGCAAUGGAGCGGGCGGCGGUGUGCGCGCACAGGUGCCACAGGCCGGUGGCGCGGCGAGCUGUAGCGGCUACCUCCCGGACUCAGCACUCGCACCAGCGCGCUGAAGCCGCGGCUGCUGCCAAGCUUGGGUAACCCCCAGCCUGAGCCACGAGAGGAAGAGCCCAAGGAAAGGGCGCGAAGGGGGAAGAAGGCUCCCCGCGCCCCCGUCGCUGUCGCCGCCUCGGUGUCCCCCAGCUCCCGUCGCGCUCUUAGGACAGCGCCGCCACCGCCGCCUGGCCCUGCCUGCCUCCUGCGCCGCGCAGCCCUCGCGAGCGCCCCGGAUGGCGCUUUACCCCCAGGACCGGUUUAGAAUGUAAUAACUCAAGGAUUUGAUAAUACAGUGAAGUAGUAUAACAACUGUCUAUGUGCUUCCCAUGAUAUGUUCUCUAUAUUAAAAAAUUAUGACAUCAACAUCCAAAGGAAUUCUUCGCCCAUUUUUAAUUGUCUGCAUUAUCCUGGGCUGUUUCAUGGCAUGUCUUCUCAUUUACAUCAAACCUACCAACAGCUGGAUCUUCAGUCCAAUGGAAUCAGCCAGCUCUGUGCUGAAAAUGAAAAACUUCUUCUCCACCAAAACUGAUUAUUUUAAUGAAACUACUAUUCUGGUGUGGGUGUGGCCAUUUGGGCAGACCUUUGACCUUACAUCCUGCCAAGCAAUGUUCAACAUCCAAGGAUGCCAUCUCACAACGGACCGUUCACUGUACAACAAAUCCCAUGCAGUUCUGAUCCAUCACCGAGACAUCAGUUGGGAUCUGACAAAUUUACCUCAGCAAGCUAGGCCACCCUUCCAGAAAUGGAUUUGGAUGAAUUUGGAGUCACCAACUCACACUCCUCAAAAGAGUGGCAUUGAGCACUUGUUUAACCUGACUCUGACUUAUCGCCGCGACUCAGAUAUCCAAGUGCCUUAUGGCUUCUUGACGGUGAGCACAAAUCCCUUUGUGUUUGAAGUGCCAAGCAAAGAGAAGUUGGUGUGCUGGGUUGUGAGUAACUGGAACCCUGAGCAUGCCAGGGUCAAGUAUUACAAUGAGCUAAGCAAAAGCAUUGAAAUCCAUACCUAUGGGCAAGCAUUUGGAGAAUAUGUCAAUGAUAAAAAUUUGAUUCCUACCAUAUCUACUUGUAAAUUUUAUCUUUCCUUUGAAAAUUCAAUCCACAAGGAUUACAUCACGGAAAAGCUCUACAAUGCUUUUCUGGCUGGCUCGGUACCUGUUGUUCUGGGACCAUCUAGAGAAAACUAUGAGAAUUACAUUCCAGCAGAUUCAUUCAUUCAUGUGGAAGAUUAUAACUCUCCCAGUGAGCUAGCAAAGUAUCUGAAGGAAGUCGACAAAAACAAUAAGUUAUAUCUUAGUUACUUUAACUGGAGGAAGGAUUUCACUGUAAAUCUUCCACGAUUUUGGGAAUCACAUGCCUGCUUGGCUUGUGAUCAUGUGAAAAGGCAUCAAGAAUAUAAAUCUGUUGGUAAUUUAGAGAAAUGGUUUUGGAAUUAAAAUUUUUCAUCACUUGCACACUUGAUAAAUAUUUUGAUGAAAUAUCAUCCAAGUAUUGAGGAUAAGAAGAGAUGCAACAUACUACUAUUGUGUCACAAUUUAUUUUUAUCACCCUCUCUAGGGUAACAUGUAUAUUUUGGUGGAGAUUUUUAAAAGCUCAGCAUGAGCAAUCAUUCCAUUUGGUUUUAAAUUAUCCUGUAUAUACCUAAUUAUGUGCACUGGAGAGUAAUUUAUUCUUCAUUAUCAUUUGUAAACAUUGUUUUUUCAUAUUUUUGUAGUUGUCUAUAAUGUAAGCUUGUGGUUUGAUUAUUGUUUCUACACUGAUCAGCUGUUUAAUCUAUUUGGGAAAUGAAGAUGCGCAUCUUAAAGAAUGAAAAAUUUUCACUGAGUAUUAUAAUGUCUAGUUCCAACUUUGCAUACUAUAACAAAGGAAGAACAUGUUGCUAUUGAAUUCUAACCUCUUUGACUCUGAAGUUGAACGAAGUGUUUAACUGUCUCUAUUUGAUCUAUUUUUUACCUGUUUACCACAUUUGUGAAGGUGAAAUUGUUCAUGGAGUGAAUUAGAAAUAUACGAAGCAGAACUGUUCUAUUCAGAAAGCUAUUAGACUUCUCAUUUAUUUUCAUUAAGGUGAUUUGCAGCUACUUAUUCUCAUGAUCUUAAAUUAUUCAAGUAUUUUAAAAUAUCCAAUUUGUUGUGAUUUUCAGCACCUGGGAAGUAAUCCCAAUAAUACUUUAGAAAAUCGAAGACAGUUCUCUUUCUGCUACUGAUAACACUCAUUGUCAUAAUAAAACAAAUGAUUUCCUCAAAUAACAAAGAAAAAUGAUACAUAUAAAUAUAUUUAUAAAUGGUGUCAUUUAUGAAGAAUGUUUAAUUACUUAUCAAUUUAAGAUUUUUUUUCUGAAGCCCUAUUAUUUAAAAUCAUCUUAUUUUACCAUAUGGAUAUAAGAUUUGGCUCAUAAUGAUGAGCCCUAUCAUUUGAUUUGAGUUCUAUCAUUUCAGAGAGCCUAAAUAAAAUUAUCACCAAGGAAUUAAAUAUAAGAUGUUAAAUAUAAUAAAGUGGGGAUAUAUAGAAAACACACAGUGUUAGCACAGAGUAAGAUCUCAAUGCACAUUUGUUGGAUGAAUAAAUAAAUGCAAUUGAAUUCACAGAAAAAUGUUUGUUUGUUUCAAGGAAGUGACAGUUCUACUUUAGAAGUACUAAUUGGAGAUGACUUUUAUAUCCCAUUUUGGUAAUUAUUCAUACAUAGCACAUACGACCAUGAUGUUCAGGGCUUUACAGAACCAAAAUAAACCUACCAUUACAUGAAAAUUUUGAAGAGUAUAUUCCUGAACUUGCAGCUGCCUAUAGCAUUCUCCUCCAUAAGGCUAGAGAAGAGGAGAGCUGGAUAUAAGCAGAGACAGUAGGUGAAAAAAGACAGGCCACUAAGGAUUCUUCAAGGAAAGCAUUCCUCAAAAUAAUCUUUAGUGCCUUUAUUCCAUUCAGGCCAAAAAUCUAUCCAAAAAUUAGAAUGUUCUGAGGACAUCCAUUUGGGUCUAUUUGUGACUUAUCCCAUUAGUCCUAUUACAAGUUGACAUCAGCAAAAUUCAAAAAGAAUUCAGUAAAAAGGGCGUAGAUCCAGCUACCCAGACUAUCUUGUGAGAGAAUAAGCUCACCCUAGCACCAGAAAGAUUUGAGCAGAGGAAUAUUCUUGUAAUGAAUAGAGGAUUGUUUGAUUCUCAGGUAUAUUUCUUAAGCCAAAAUUGAACGCAGUGUCAGACACUGCCUUAACACCCACAAAGAUAAGAUGAACAAGGUACUAUCACUGCC